ACAAAAAAACAGAUCUAAACAAAUAACUUAUACAAUGGGUCUAAAUUGGCUCAUCUUAGUCCUAGUCCUGGCCACAAGUCAUGGCCAACUUUUACCGGAGAAUUCGUGUUCCAUGUACUUUAAAUAUGUUAAUAACGGGGACAGCUUUGGGGGAGAAGUUACCCUGCCCACCCUAGUGCAAGGCCGCAAUCGAGUCGAUGUACGUUUCUCGCAGAGAGACACUCUUGAUGAUGCAUUUGUUGGCGGCAUUUUGCCAUAUCCCGAUGAACAGACUAUUCGGAGCAAUGUGGCCAGUCCAAAGUAUCGGAUUACCUUUUGGCCCCAUCCGACAACGGGUAUAUUGCCAAAACUGACCCGCUUAGCCUUCAAUGAUGCAACCCUCUGCACAGCAAGUGAAUAUAAUGCACCGAAUAGCUACUUUAAUCGCUUCUACGAAUUUAACAUCCUUGGUAGGAUUAGAUCACAGCCGCCCACGUCAUCAGCAGUAUUUAAUCCCUUUUCUGAUGAUGAGCCCGAUGUGAGUGUGAAAACAAUUUUUUUCGAUCAAACUGGUCAGUUGCCAUGGCGACGUUUACCAACAGUGGAAACAAAAAGCACAGAUCCGCCGCCAGUUCGUUGGCCCACCGAUACGUUGACACCUCAACGUGCUCCUUUAAUCUGGGAGUUUAGGCCAGACAUUACAACUACCACUGCGAGACUACAACCUCCAGCCCCAACUGCACCACCACCUCCAAGUCAACCUGCAAAUCCACCACCAACACCUGCUCCAACAUCUCCACCAGUAUUCCAGCCAAGUUUCACCACUUCCCCGAAUGCCUUCCGUGGAUGCGGAAUUCAAGGCAGAGUAACUCCUUUCAUACACAAUGGCACACCGUUUCCGCGUGGAGGCUAUCCCUGGCUGGCCGCAAUCUAUCACACGGAGCGUUUUGCAUUAGAUUUUAAGUGUGGUGGCUCCUUAGUUUCGAGAACUCAGGUCAUUACGGCUGCCCAUUGUGUGUACAGGAUAAAAGAGGAAAACGUUCAUGUUGAACUGGGACGCUACGAUUUGAAAGACUUUAUAGAGGACGGGGCUGUGAAACGAAAGGUUACGGGUAUACUAGUCCAUCCCGAUUUUUCCACACUCACAACUGCUGAUGCAGAUAUUGCUAUCCUAACCAUGCAUAAAACAGUCGAUUUCGAUGACAUUAUUAGCCCAAUUUGUCUAUGGCAGGAGAGUGACAGUGAAACGGUAGCUAUUACUGGAUCAGUGGCUGGAUGGGGCAAAGAUGAGAAUGGCAACACCAUGUCUCAAUUCCCUCGAGUCGCCCAGGCAAAAAUUGUCACAAUGACAGAGUGUUUAACUAGCUGGAUAGCCGUACAAAGGAUAACAAAGAGGACUCUUUGUGCUGGCAACAGGGAUGGAUCGGGUCCCUGUAUUGGCGAUUCUGGAGGUGGCCUGAUGGUCAAGAAGAAUAACCGCUGGCUACUCCGUGGCAUUGUGUCACUGGGUGAACGUGCCACCAAUGGACAAUGUUCUCUCGAUCAAUAUGUUCUCUAUUGCGAUCUAUCUGAACACGUAUCUUGGAUAAAUGAAAACGUAAGAUGGCUAUCUUAAUCUUUAAGUCUUGUUGA